GCCGGUGCGGGCGGCGGGGCCGGGCAGUGGCGGAGCGCGGUGAAGUAGAGAACAUGUCUGGGAUCAAGAGAGUGAUCGCAGAGAAGGACCCCGACUAUGAGGAGAUCACCAUCACACAUCCCAACAAGCGGCACAAAGCAGCGGAACAGUCAGCUCGAGAUGUUACUGUGCAGAAGAUUGAGACUAUUAUAAAAGAACAGUUUGCUGUCGAAAUGAAGAGUAAAGAACAUGAAAUCGAAGUUAUAGAUCAGCGCCUGAUCGAAGCGAGAAGGAUGAUGGACAAGCUGCGUGCCUGUAUUGUCGCCAACUAUUACGCAUCUGCUGGUCUCCUUAAAGCUGGAGAGGGCACCAGGUCAUGUGAUGCGACAAUUCUUAAUCACCCUUCAAUCAAGAAAUUCUUGGAAUCGCCCUCGAGAUCCUCAUCUCCAGCUAACCAGGGCUCAGACACUCCCUCUGCCAACCACUCCGAGAGCGACUCGCUCUCUCAGCACAAUGACUUUCUCCUGGACAAAGACAAUGGCAACUUGGAUGCAGAGGAGCGGCUGGCAAACAGCCUGGACCAGAGACAGAGCAGAAAUGCUGGCCGGGACAGUUCGGGUGUUUCAAGCUCUCAAAAACCAGGACAACGAAAUGCCGGACUGUCAAAUGAUGAAACUUCACGGCUUUAUGUGAAGAAAACGAUUGUGGUUGGCAACGUUUCCAAGUACAUUCCCCCUGACAAGAGAGGAAAUGAUCAGUCAACCCAUAAAUGGAUGGUGUACGUCCGAGGCUCUCGGAGAGAACCCAGCAUAAAUCAUUUUGUCAAGAAAGUUUGGUUCUUCCUCCAUCCCAGUUACAAACCUAACGACCUGGUAGAAGUGAGAGAACCUCCAUUUCACCUGACCAGGAGAGGCUGGGGAGAAUUUCCAGUGAGAAGUACAGCUACACUUCAGGAUAGCCAGAACAAGAGGAUUGAUAUCAUACACAAUUUGAAGCUGGACAGGACCUACACAGGCCUGCAGACACUUGGCGCAGAAGAAGAAACGGUAGUGGAUGUGGAGCUACACAGACAUUCCCUUGGUGAGGGGUAUCUCUUCUCCCAGUCUUCAGAAUCUGAACUUCCUGAUAUUCCUACAUCUUUAUCACUACCAUUGAGUAUUCCAGCACCAGUCAAAGCUUCCUCACCAAUUAAACAGCUGCGAGACUCCAGCCCAGAUGCUUCUGUGGACAAAGGAUUCUCUGGGAAUGCUGAAACCGAAAGACAUACCGCGUUUUAUUCCCUGCCAUCUUCGAUAGAACGGACUCCCACCAGUUAAGCCACACAGAAAGCCUUUGGCUCUCAUGGAAAUUCAGCCUCACCCAUUGCAGCUAGCUGUAAAAUAGUGCCUCAAGGUCAGAGUCCAAGCCCUGCAGAGUCACCCGGAAAAUCCUUCCAGCCUAUCACCAUGAGUUGCAAGAUUGUAUCAGGUUCUCCAAUAUCGACCCCUAGUCCAUCUCCGCUACUCGUACCCCAACCGUCCACUCCGGUGCACAUGAAGCACGGCUCUGCUAGUUCAGUCAUUAAUAAUCCGUAUAUUAUUGUGGACAAGCCUGGACAGAUGGUUGGAGCAGCAGCCACAAGCACAGGGAGCCCAACCAGCAAACUGAGCAGUGUCUGCCAGGCCUCUCACGGUACUGGAUCUCCUGUGUCAACGACCCAUGCGAGCAGUUUUGUUACCUCAGCUGUCAAGCAGGAGGAUUCUCUUUUUGCCACGAUGCCACCCCUUUGUCCCAUUGGGAGUCAUUCCAAGGUGCAAAGCCCCAAAUCGGUCACUGGAGGACUUGGAGCUUUUACAAAGGUGAUAAUAAAGCAGGAGCCAGGAGAGCUGCCACAGCAGCCGCAGGUCCCGGGGGCAGGCGCGGCGCAGCCUUCGGUGCCACAGUACGUCACAGUCAAGGGCAGCCACAUGCUGGCCUUGUCUCCACAGAAGCCAGUUGUGAGCACGAGCGAGGGGACAGUACAGUCUAAGGUGGUUGGUGUCCCGGUUGGUUCUGCAUUACAGUCGACGGUGAAACAAGCGGUGGCUAUAAGUGGUGGCCAGAUCCUUGUGGCAAAGUCUGGCUCUUCAGUAGCAAAGGCUGUUGGUUCGAAGCAGGUUGUGACUCAAGGUGUAGCCAAAGCCAUCGUGAGUGGAGGUGGAGGGACAAUUGUUGCUCAGCCUGUGCAGACUAUAACAAAGGCACAGGUUUCUUCCACAGGUGCUCAGAAAAGUACAUCUCAAGGCUCAGUGAUGGCUACGCUGCAGUUACCAGCCACCAACCUGGCCAACUUGGCAAACUUACCACCAGGCACCAAGCUGUAUCUCACCACCAACAGCAAGAAUCCUUCCGGGAAAGGAAAACUGCUUCUGAUACCCCAAGGAGCCAUCCUGCGAGCCACAAAUAAUGCUAGUCUUCAGUCUGGAUCUUCUACAAGUAGUGGAGGAGGAGGAGGAGGAACCCAAAGCACAAGCAGUAACCUGUCACAGCACCUCACCUACACAUCCUACAUCCUGAAGCAGACACCCCAGGGCACCUUUCUGGUUGGCCAGCCUUCGCCUCAGAGUUCUGGGAAGCAGCUCACUCCAGCAUCAGUUGUUCAGGGCAGUGUAGGAGUUGGAGCAUCUUCCACACAAGGACAAGCCCUAAAAGUGAUAACUGGACAGAAAACAGCUCUGUUUACACAGGCUUCAUCCAGUGGACAGACGUCACUGGUGAAAAUAUCAGAUGGAUCUAUAAAAUCAAUACCUGCCUCAUCCCAGCUCUCCAAACCUGGCACCACUGUGCUGAGAGUAUCAGGAGGUGUUAUCACCACAACUGCUGCUCCUGCCGUGGCCCUUCCCACGAAUGGUGUCACCCAGCAAACAGAUAAUGCAGGUUCCAGUUCAUCAUCUCCUGGAACUCCUGCAACAAAGACAUCUGGACAGCAACACCAAAUCUGUGUAAGCCAGAGCCAGUCUACUUCAUCAGUAGUGAAUAAGACUGCGACUUCCACUGUUGUAAGUGUUGCUUCCUUGAUGACUACUGCAACGCCUAUGACGGGAAAAGCUACAGUGUCAGGGUUGCUAAAAAUCCACUCAAAUCAGUCUAGUCCACAGCAGGCUGUUCUGACAGUUCCCAGCCAGCUUAAACAGCUCGGUGUAAACACAGCUUCUGGAGGUGUUCAGACAAUACUCAUGCCUAUGAACAAAGUUUUACAGUCACUUUCUACCAGCAAAGUUUCAGCAGUUUCAGCUGUUACAGCAGCAAGUAUGACUGCCCCUAGUCCCUCUACAGUAUCCAUCACUAAAGUUAAGAUGGAGCCUGAUUCAACUGGACAGAGCUGCAGUUCUGUGGGUACCCAAGAAAACCAAGCAGCAGUGAAAACAGAAGAGAGCUCUGAACUUGGGAAUUACGUUAUCAACAUAGAAUAUUUGGAGAACGUCCAGCAGCUUUUAACAGCAAUAGUGAAGAAGGUCCCAUUAAUUGCUGAAAAAAGUGAGGACGUAAGCUCUUUUUGUGCCAGUUCAGUGGAACAGUAUUACAGCUGGAAUAUUGGGAAGAGGAGGGCAGCCGAGUGGCAGCGAGCAAUGACAGUGAGAAAGAUCCUACAGGAAAUUGUAGAGAGGCAUCCCAGGUUUCACAAUAUUACCCCUCUGAAAACAAAGCACGUGGUGCACUGGUGUCGAUGCCAUGGCUACACUCCACCGGACCCUGAGGCCUUGCGGAACGACGAGGACUCGAUUGAAGACGUGCUGACACAGAUAGACAGUGAGCCAGAAUGCCCUUCAUCUUACAGCAGUGGUGAGGAGCUGUGCCGAAAAGUAGAGGAACUACAGCAAUUUCUGAAACAAGAACCAGAACACGAAGAGGAAGUAGAUAUUCUCAACUUUAGCGAACCAUUAAAAAUAAACAUUAAGAAAGAACAGGAGGAGAAACAAGAAGAGAUGAAGUUCUACAUGGCUUCCUUGCCCGCAUCGGAGUUCGUGAGGGACACUGCUGAGAAGAUAGGGAUUUCUUUUCAACCUGCUGAGGUACAAAAAAAUGUUUAUGCAUCAGUAAUAGAAGAUAUGAUUUUAAAGGCCACUGAACAGCUCAUGAGUGAUAUCCUGCGGCAGGCGCUGGCUGUGGCGUAUCAGACAGCUCCUCACAACAGGACUCCAAGAGAGAUCACAGUGAUGAAUAUUCACAAAGCCAUCUGUAAUAUUCCCUUUCUUGACUUCCUCACAAACAAACAUCUGAAGAUACUAAAUGAGGAACAAUGAAAUAGAGCAGAGAAGAUGCUACAGGAAAGGUGGAUUUAUGACUGAAGUUGGGUUGACAAAUCCAGUAUUUCUGUAGAACACUUAUAUACAUUUAUAACGUUGGGCUACUAGAUUGUUACCUCCAAUUAAAGAUGCACCUUAAUGCAACAAAAUGAUGCUCUGUUCCAAAUCAAGUUGUUAAAUGUCAGUGUUUACUUGGUAAGUGUGUGUUCAGUGGCUGAACAAACAUUGUCAGUUUGCAUUGAGUUGCUAGCUGUGAGAGACUCCACAGACCUGGUUCCUCUGAGACAGCUCUGUUGAUGAGAUUGAACUGGGUUUUAAGAUAAAAAUUAUGCUUUUUGAUGCAGUCUACAUGCAAGUUUGUUUCUCCAUGCAGUGGGCAGGGCUCUUGCUUUGGCACUCUUGAGUGUGAGAGAAGUCUAAGGCAGCUUUUAAAGGUGGGUCAUUUGAGUAGAUGGAUGGGGUAGGUUUGGAUGUCAGGGAGCAGAAAGCUGAUGGCUGCAAAAAUUCUGCCAGUCCUGCCCGAGCAUGAUGUGUGUGACUGAGAACACAGCUGGGUAGGCUGAUCAGUAGCUUUCUCAGCUAAGUGUCACCUCACCAAAUUCCUUACCACUCUAGAGGAUGUGUCAGAUGCUGCUUUUCUUAGUCACCUCAGAAAGGGUAGACUGGUACAUUCUCAGUCAAGAUGAGCAAACCACGGUCAGGCCUGGGAAGAUUUGACUGACCACUUGUCCUGCAUGGGAAGGGAAGGAGCAAGGACAGCGUUCAGUGUUUGUGGGCUUGGACUGGCUGAAACACUUUGCUUGCCCAGCAAGUGCCUCCCCAGGCUGUCAGAAGGUUUGGAGUGUGCUGGAGGGCAGGUGACCAGCUGUGCUGUACAAGUCUUAAUGUUUUGGCAGUGUUCAUUAAUGAUCAGCUUAGACUGAAGUGCUGUGGGAGCAGCACUACUUUGGAUUAAGUUCUGUUCUACAAGCCCGAUAGGAUGAAAAAGUCAGAGAUUUGCUGCUUGUGGGGAGAUCCUCUGAUGUCUUGACUGCAGGAAGAAAUUCUGCUACUAACCCCAGCACUUACCUGUCUCAGGAACAUCACUGGUGAGGGAGACAUGUCUGCAGCCUGGCUAUCAACACCUCGCUGGAGAAGGCUUCGCUGACAGCAUCCUGACCACCUCACAUCCACCACCCCUUUGUCCUGCCUCAUGGGGGCUUGCUGGUAGUGUGAAUAAGCCAUUGUGAAGCUGGUGGGACUCCUGUGGGACUGUCAUGCUUUCAGCGUGCUUGUUUUGUGUGGCAGUGCUGUUGUGUGGGUGGAGCAUGGGUCAAACAGCCAGAACCUCCAAUGUGCUGAUCUCAGCUGGGUCUCUGAUCUGCUGCAUGGCCUUUGAUUUAAUCACUCUGUGCCUCAGUUUCCCCAUCUAUGAGCAUGGGGAGCAGGAUACCUACCUCACAGGGGUGUACUGAGGCCUCGCUCUUGUUGGUGCCGUGCUUUGACAAUACAAAGCCUUUUAUAAACAUUAAGCUACAGUUAUCUUUCCUGGCCUGGGGUAGGAACAGAAAUUUUCAAAAUGUUAUCUUUUGGUGCUUUUUUUGGGUAGAAGACAGAUGAUGGUAACUCCAGUAGUGUGCACGAACAGUGAAAAAUGGUUCAGUUAGAGCGUGGCUUCAGGGUGGCUUCAGGCUUUGGAGGAGAGUAGCCCAGGUUUGUUAAACUGAAGAAAGCACUGUGUACCUCAGAUGGGGUCCUGCCUGUCUUCUCCUUAAAUAAAACUAGGGUCUGCAGGAAAGCCCCUCUCAGUUCAUCACAGCUAACAGGGAGCUGUAGUUCUCUUCAAUGUAAGAGUGGCAAAACCUGACCCUUGAAUCCAGGAAAUGGGACCAAUGGAUGAAAUCCAAACAGCAUUCAGAGAAGGACUUAAAUGCCCCCUGAGAAGGACGUUACAGAUGCUCUGGAUUCAAAAGCUAAUCCUAGCUUGUUCGGGUGAGCUGAGUGCAGGAUUGCCUGCGAAAGGAAAGGGCACAGCUUAGCCCUGACAUUAGUUUAUCAGCAGAGGUCAGUGUGACUGAGUCGAGCAGUGGUGAUUAUGUUUCAGCUCAGUGUGGAGUAGAGAGGAAUCCCAGUAGCUGGGAUGCAGGCCCCAUGCUUUGUAGGCUGUAGUGAUUUCCAAGCCUGUACUUUCAGGCAUCCCUGUGUGCUUCUUUUAGUGCAUCAAAAGAAAAGAGAAAGGGCAUUUUCAAGAUCUGUCACUGUCAGGACAGCCUGCAGGUUGUGUGGGAACAGCCUUUUGGGCAAACUCAGUCGUGCUAUGAUCUGCAAUGACCUUGAGUGGGGUAUGCAGUUUUGGGCAGCACAAUAUAAAAAAGACAUUAAGCUAUGAGAGAGCGUCCAAAAGAAGCCACGAGAAUGGUGAAGGGUCUGGAGGAGAAGCCUUAUGAGGAGCAGCUGAGGGCACUUGGUUUGUUCAGGCUGGAGGAGACUGAGGGGAAACCUCAUUGCAGUUACAACUUCCUCAUAAGGGGAAGCAGAGGGGCAGGUAUUGAUGUUUCUUGUGACCAGUGACAGAACUCAAGGUAAUGGCACAAAGCUGAGUUGGGGGAAGAUUAAGUUGGAUCUCAGGAAAAGGUUCUUCACCUGGUGGUUGGGCACUGAACAGACUCCCCAGGGAAGUGGUCGCAGCACCAAGCCUGCCUGAGUUCAAGAAGCAUUUGGACAGCGCUGUCAGGCACAUGGCGUGACUCUUGGGGUGUCCUGCACAGGGCCAGGAGUUGGACUUGAUGAUCCUGAUGGGUCCCUUCCAACUCAGCAUAUUCUAUGAUUCUGUGACACACACAUUUCCAGCCCCUGUCUCUUGUGGGCUUAGUUUCUGGGAUUGUGAUAUGCCCAGAGCAACUUUUGAGGAUGCAGGAGCUUGUCUUUGGGCAUCUGUUUGCAAAUUGUGGCUUCUUUGCCUGUGUCCUGCUUGUCUGUGAGGAAUGGAAUUUCAGAAUGAGUCCUGCACCUUGCUCUGAAGCAGGCAGGUAAUGACUCCUCAUUCUUAAUGGGGUUCUUGCACAGGAGAUCUGUUGCUACAUUUCUGAGCAACCACAGGUUAUUCUCCUAGGAGAUGCAUAUGAAUAGUAUAUAAAGUUUGCUGAAGAAAAAUAAAUUGUUAAAAGCAGAUAGGAAAUGACAAAUUUGUUUAGUCCUUCACAUGUAGGAAACUUUUGCAACAAGUUCUUUGCAUUUUGAAUAGUGGUGGGAGAAAAAUUUGUUGGUGAGAAGUUCCUGUGGGAGUUGCUUGGAGAUGAGGUAGAGAUUGCGGAAUUUCACACACCUGUUCAGGUGUUUGUGGAAUGCUACAUGUGAUAUGGUGUGUUGAAAUGUUAUGGUGUAUUUCUCUGGCUUUUGAAUGAGUCUGGAUACAAGUUAAAGAUCUCUUUACAAAUAUUACCCCUAUUUGUAAUGCUGAGUGUUUAAAUCCUUCAUGUUAUCUGUAUUAUACUGUAUAAUUGUGUAAGAUACAUAUGUUUACAAUAAAUUCUUUUAUUAGCUGUGCCCUAG